CGUAAAUACGCUUGUCAGUGAAAUUCAACCCCGUUCAAGUAUUUAUUUAUGCGAUAUCAUCAUCAUCAUCACCCACUAACCCACUCCAGUAUAAGUUAGUAAAAUAACAUAAAAACCAAGGUAUUUAGCAUCCCAAGUUACGAUAGCAUGAGAAAAUAUAAUAGGACGUGUACUUCUUCUCGUCAUCGUCAUCAUCGCUGCUGCUGCUGCUGCUAUUAAUUGGUCAGCACGGUUGGAUUGGAGCAGAGUUUAAGUGUUAAUUGUGCAAGCGGAGCAACUAACUUUAACAAUUUCGUUAGGAGUAAAGUUAACUUGGGAUUGAAUUGCAACAUAAUUUCCAUCUCCUUCCGUAUCCAUGGCAACGCAAUAAUACUCGGAAAAGAUCACCUGACUGGUCGCAUUUUCCCACUCACUCAGAGAGAGGCUUCUCACUCGCAGAAAGAAAAGAAAGAAGUUGGAAGUCGAGAGGGGAAAAGUUUGUAGAGUUGUUUUCUUCCGUGGGGAAAGUUUUGGUCGGCAGCAGGAGGGAAGAAAGUUCGAGGAGGAGGAGGAGAUAAGGCACUUAACGACAAGACUAGUUAACAGCGAACGAUAAUAGUGUCAAAAAAGACAAAGUUUAGUUCGGAAAUCCUCAAUUGAAAUUAUUAUCCAGAGAUCCAUCCGAUCGGCCUCUUUUUUUGUCGUGGAGUUGACUAUUUUACUUGACAUAUUCUUGUUAUUCUUGUUUCUUGUUAACUGAGUUUUUUAUCGAGACGGAAAAAAUAUAGACAUGGACGCUGACCAAGCCGCAUCCGUGGUAGAGGAGGGCAGUAGCAUCCUCGGAGACCUAUACACCGAAAUCACGUCAUCCACCCUCAACAUUGCAUUGUUGGUCGCAAUCCUCAUCCUCGUGUACAAAAUAUUCAAGGGAAGGUCGGACGAUGAUGGAGACACUGCGGUCAAGGUGGACCCUCCACUUCCAAAAAUGAAGAAACAGGACAUGACGCUGGAAGAGCUUCGAAAAUAUGACGGGACUCAAGCCGAUGGGCGCGUCCUGUGUGCCAUCAAUGGAAGGAUUUUUGAUGUCACGAAAGGAAAACGGUUUUAUGGUCCUGGUGGUCCAUACGCUUCAUUUGCUGGACAUGAUGCUUCCCGAGCCCUGGCAAUGUUUCAGACAGACAUGGUAAAGGACGAGUGGGACGAUUUAUCCGAUUUGGACAGCAGUCAGAUGGAAUCUGUUCGAGAAUGGGACGCGCAACUUGCCGAGAAAUACGAUGUCAUUGGACGGCUGCUCAAGCCUGGUGAAGAACCGAGUAAUUAUUCCGAUGAUGAAGAUGGAGAGAAGAGUAAAGAUGACUGAUCGUGAUCACAUUUCAAAUACGCAGAUUUUCUAUUUCUUUCCAAUCCAAUUUCAAAUGUCUUCUGCUACUAAACCUAACUGAGAAAUACUUUAUCAGACUUAUUAUCAUCAUCAUCAUCGCUUCUACUACGGAUAGAAGAACCUGUAUCUAAAAUAACUAUAUAGUUUAGAUAUGUAUAAAAGUGACGAAGCAGCCGAGUACUGUCUAGAUUAUAAACUUUCAUUCCGUAAAACACAGCAACAACUCAACGAGAGAAGGGACGAAGAGGAGAGGUUGUACGUAUUUUGAUUACAACCAAUUGUUCUAAAACUUAGCAGUGUAUGUAAACAAGUAACUGCAAUGUAAUGUUAAUUUCUUGGGCGUUAUACAUUAUUUUCCGCUUUGACAGCCAUGCCAAACUUAUGCAUAAUGAAAUGAAUGUAUAUUGAAGAAGAUGGACAACCUAAAAUUUGUCAUAUUAUAUAAUUCUAUUACAUAACAAAAUAUAUGUACGAGUUAAAUAACUUCCUAUCGAUGUGAUUAUUAUCAUUGAAGAAAUAAUUAAUAAAAACAGACAUAUUUAAGA